GACUCUUUUCACUGGCUAGUGGUUCACCAAUAUAAACCAUGUAUGGGUCAGAGUGAGCAUUUGGUUUUGUUCCUUUAGGCUUUCGUCUUGUCUUUUUGAGUUUGCGCUCAUGAUUCGGUCUUUUUGAGUUUCGCCCUUCCUCUACCCUCGUUCUAUAUUUCUAGCUUUGCUCUUUGACUUUCUUCUUUCCGUCAUGUCUGUAGACUUUUGUUCCAUCUCUUUCACCCUGUAUUCUUUUCUCUUUCCGCUCUUCACCUUUCUCCUUGGAUCUACCUUUCUAAUUCUCACUCCUCUACUAACCUCUUUCUGUCCUUUCAAUGUCUCGCUCUCCUCUCAGCCUCGAUUUGUCCUUUCAACUUUUCGCACCUUCACUUCAUUCUUUGCGUUUUUACCCCCUCGCCGUGUCUGCUCCACACUUGUUUACUUUUUGCCUGAAAAACGCCAGCCAUACUCAAUCCAUAUUAUGGAGCAUAAGCACUACCAUGGAGCAUAAGCAAUCCCAGGGAGCAUACGCAUUUUCGCAGAAUUGUAUGGAUAUACAGACCGUGUGGCUUAAUACUAACCGGCACCCCAGAAUCCCAUCACUUAUCAAAGCCCCAUCGUUUAUCACAUCUAGCGCUUAUAAACCCCAUUGUUCAUCAAUGCCCUGGUGCUCCGUCCAUGGCCCGAGAUCGACCAGGACACACGGGAGAUUGCAUACCAUGGCCCACCCACCAUGGGGACCCUCCUUUCGGUACCGUUGUAGAAAGAGAUUUUUUUUGAGUUUCAUCUUUUUUACUGGAAUAAUCGCUUUAAGAUUUUGAUUCUCUUUUAUUUGACUGAACCUGUAUGUUUCUAGCAGGGCAUUUCAUAUUAUAUGAA